AUACCAGCCUGGCCGGUCAAAGCUGUCAAAGGGUGUCAUUCACACCAGAGAGUUUGCACUAGUGGUGGAGGGGCUCAGUCUCAUCCACACGUUGGUUUGUGCAAUGAAGGCACGAAGGCUGCAGCUGUCGACCAGCUUUCGCAGCCCACACGUCAACAGAACACAAUACCGUUGAACCAAGACAACACGCACCAGUCAUAGUGCAUCAGAGGUCUCAUGAUAAACACACGCACAACAUGCUGGUCUAAGACACUAAACACCAGCCCUGCCGAUCCCCCACGAAGUCUACUCAGAAGCGAAUUGCCCCGUCUAUCUAUCAAUCCGCCCCAGCUGGCGCAGUAAGAGUGGGCUGCACCACUGUACGGCCCUCUCACUCGAUGCCCAGCGACACAAACAGUCCGGUCCUCGACAGACGCCCCAGCUGGCCCCACUCGAAUUGGCAGUCCUGGUCGCCCAGGUGCUCGUUGAAGUCCUUGACCACCCCCGCUACGCCAUGACUGAUUGCCUCGUCCAGCCGGGCCCGAUGCACCACCUCACGGACACCCGUCAUGCCCACCACACGGCCGCCACUGCCCCGGAGGGCGAAGCACUGCAGCGGCAACACGGUCACCUUGACGCGCUUGUCGCCCUGCCGCUCGUAUCUCGUCCCGCCCACCACAUCCCUGUUGCUGCUCGUCUGUGUGGCCGUCGACUUGACGAAAUGGCCGACGGCCGCCUUGACGCGACGUCUGAGCCGCGUGUCGAAGAUGAGGUACUCGUCGAUGGCCGCCCCGGCAGCGGAGGGCUCGUGGAGGAAGGCGGCGAUCUUCCAUGCGAUGCCCUCGGCCUCGUGAGGUCCGAAUGCCAUGUUGGAUGGGGAGGGGUGGGGGUGGGCGCCGUCGUGGUGGGGGGCGAGGGGCAGCAGACGGGCGAGAAGCGUCGAGUGGUCGCGCUGGGGGGCCAGAGCGGCGUUGAUGGCCGACAUGGUCACAUCGGACAGCUCGUUGAGCACCGUGGCGUACUCGGCCAGCACCAGCUGGCGACAACGGCGCUGCUCCUCUGUGACCGUGGGCAGGCGGGUGACGGAUGGGGUCGCCCCUCCCCGCAGCAGCACACGGAUGACGGUCUUGUACUUGCGGAUCCGCCUUGAGUGCCCCUCGCCCAGCGCUUCUCCAUGUUGCUGCAGCUGGAUGUAGUGGUCGAGCCGGUCGGCAGCCUCUGCGAGUGGUGUGAAGUGAGGAAGUCCUCCGUUGAUGUCGUCCGCUGUGAGUCGGCGGCACAGGCAGUCUGCCACACAGGGAGAGCCAUGCAAUGCCGCCCAGUGCAGUGGCGUUCGGCCCAUGUUGUUUGUUGCCGUCGUGUCGGCGCCGUGGCUGGUAAUGAGGGUGAGGUACUGGUCGAUAAAUAGCUGGGAGAAGAUGCGACGGCUCCUGACUGCCAAAUGGACUAGAUUCACUCCAUCAGCGGCGGCCCGUUCGGCUGCGAGUGUGCUGUCGUGUUGGAGGAGCCGACGGAAGAUUGACAGGAGAUUCUCCUCGUACUCCGGAGAGAGAUUCUCCUCGUACUCACGAGAAAGGGAAAGAGGGAAAGGUCUGGAAAGCUGAAGUCGUGGAAGCUGCAUCACCCUAAAGCCCCGCACGUUGGCCUGACGCGCCAGGAGGCCCUCCACCGCUGUCAGAUUGCCCGCACGAACGGCCGCCAUGAUGGGCAUGUCCGCCCCGCCGUCGAUGAGUGCAUUGAGGAUGUCACGCUGCAGCUGUCGGGAGGACCAGGGCGGAAGGACGACGGGCACGUGGGAGUCAUUAGUGCCGCUCGCAGAGGGGGAUGGUGUGUUUGUUGGGCUGUCGAUGGCAAGAGACAGGCAGCUGUAUCGCCAUCGAUAAGGGGCUCUUCCUGAGGUGCCGCGGACACGAAGGCCGCCGAUGGCUCCCGGGUCAGCUCCUUGCCGUAUCAGCUGUGUGAGUCGGUCGCCGUGAGUGAAGGUGCGGCGGAUGCAGCCCUCCAGCAGCUGCCGACUCAGAGGACUGACGCCCUCAUCGGGGACAAUGUCGACGUCGUCCACCCCCUUGCAGCCGGGCGGCACAGCAGCAGGAGGUGCUUGCGAUGCGGCAGAGGACGGUUGGGCCAUCACGCUGCAGCCAUGCACAAACCACAAACACGUACGCACACUCACUUGCAAUCCCUUUUCCUUGCAACAUUGCUGGCGCACCUGGUCGGUCACAGCGAAGCCCAUCCAUCAACGACACCUACCUGCGGUGACAACACAGAGAGAUCAUCGAUCAUACCAACCACUCAUUCAUUCUCAUGCAUACAUCACAGUCAGUGAGUCGGACUCCGAAACAAACGCUGCUUCUCCAUCUGCAGGGAGGUCAAGGAGGCGGGAUCUUUUUUCAUUGCCAGAGCAAUAUUCGCUGCUGGGUCCGUUUUGCGCGAAAGCAUCGGGUCUGCUGAAAGCAUAGGGUCGCUGAACGUCCCAGAUCCUGGAGCCGUGGUGUCGCGCUCCUGCCUGUUCACGCAAG